AUGACCCAAAGCAACACCCCCACCGCCGUCCCCCUGCCCAGCUCAGAACAGUUCUACCUCAACAACAGCCGCGGCGAGCAAUACCUCAUCCAGGUAUCCUGGCCGCUGCACUGGAAAGGCCAUACACCCGACACCGACCGUAAUAACGUGCCCGUCAUAUACAUCGUCGACGGCAACGCCCUCUUCCUAACAGCAACCGAAGCCCUCUGGCGCCGCUCCGCAGACUCCCACUACUGCGGCGGCGGCAUCGUCGUCGCAAUCGGGUAUCCUCUUGCAGGGACCGGCAAAGUGUACCACCGCGUGCGCCGGGGCUUUGACCUUACUGUCCCGACGCCCAAGAAGCCCGUUGAGGGCCACGGCGGCGCAGACAUCCUGCUCGACUUCAUCGAGAGUACCGUCCGACCCGCUGUACGAGAGCGUUUUCCAAAUGUCACUGUGUCCAGGGAAGCACUGUACGGCCACUCUUACGGCGGGCUCUUCGCCCUGCAUGCCCUCUUCACCCGACCCACCAUGUUCGACGCCUAUAUCGCGAGCAGCCCGUCAAUCUGGUGGAACGAGCGGUGUAUCCUGAACGAAGCCAAGAUGUUCAUUCAGAAAAUUAAAGAGAGCGGCGCGGACAAGCUCCCGACGCUGAUGAUGUACGUCGGUGGCCUAGAGCAGAAUCCGCACCGGUGGAACGAUGAGUCCGAUGAGAGCUGGGAGGGCAGGAAGCGCGAUGCCGAAAUCUUUAAUAUGAGGGUGAACCUGCUGGAGCUGAUGGGUAUGGUUCGGGGGUGUACGAGGCUCCAUGCUGCUGGCUUUAGUGAGUAUGCGGGUGAGGACCAUGGGACUGUAAUGGCGUGUUCGAUGAGUAGGGGGUUGUCGACUUUUAUGGAGGAUUGGCCGGUGCCGAGGGAGGAGAGUGUAUAG